UUUGCGGACGGAUAACUUAUAAAACCAGGGCUGAGUGUUGGGCAGUUCAGUUUGGCGAAUGAUCAUUAAACUGUAAAUUUACAUCAUGCGGGAAAUUUGCAUUGUUCUGACAGUGGCUUCUGCGUUUAUAACAGCGGGGGCCCUGCAACUUCCUAAAUACGUCAAGCCUUGCGGCAGAAACGACCCGAAUUUCAACGAAUGCGUAAUAAAGCAUGCGCGAGAGACGUUGAAAGCCCCAAUACUUGAAAAGGGUGACCCCAAGUACAAGUUACCGUCCAUAAGCCCGUUGCUGAUAACGGAGAUAAAAGUGGUAAACACAAACGGGAUCAACCUAAUCAUCCGAGACAUCAAACUUCAUGGCUUACUGGGGGUCAGCGUUGAUAAAUUAGAGUUCGACUUUGAAAAGAAGCGUGUUUUCGGCGAGUUCAGGUUUCCAGUCUUGGAGAUAAUCGGAAAAUAUAAAAUGUCGGGACGUCUUCUGCUGUUACCCAUAAACGGCGAAGGAGACUUAAAUAUCACCCUGGUGGACUCUAAAAUGUCGGUCGAAGGUGACUUUGUUCAGGAGAUCGUCGGUGAGACACAACACGCAGUCGUCAAUAACCCGAGGGCCACUAUGGAUCCCUCAAGGAUGUACGUUCUCCUCACGAACUUGUUCAACGGAGACAAAGUCCUGGGUAAACAAAUGAACGAGUUCUUAAACGACAAGUGGAAGGACGCGUACAAUUCCUUGUCCGCUCCUAUUGUCGAAGGCAUAGUGCAGGCAGUGAUCAGUGUCAUAAACGAGGCUUCAUCGGUGGUUCCUUUCGAGGAAGCAUUCCCCGAGAGUCUACCGUGAGCUGAUCUAUCAUCGCCGUUUCAGAAGUGAGUGUACGAGAACGCUUCAACACGAUUCCGUCGACUCAACACUAGCAUAGAUAAAUUGCACUUAAAAGUAAUCCAAACUUAUAGUAUUAAAAACUUCGAUAGACUUUGUAUCUUUGUUUACUCGUAGAUAGGUUUAAAAUGUAUUACACUUAGAAACCGUUUAAAGAGAAAAUAUAAAGUAACAAUUAAUUAUGGUUUAAAAUGUAUUACACUUAGAAACCCUUUAAAGAGAAAAUAUAAAGUAACAUUGGAUUACUUUAAAAGGUUCAACUCUAUAAGUUACAUGAAGUGACACGUGAACUUUAGUCAGCAAAGAUGGUAUCAUCGUCAAAGUAACAACUACUAUCAAAAUAUAAUUAAGAAGUUUUAAUGCUCAGCUCAUUUGAGCGUGUUACUUUGUAAUGUAACGAAAGAGUUCCUGUUUUAAAUAUGAUAUUUCGACAUUCUCAAAAAUAAAGUAGGAAUUGCAUAAAAGCUGUAGUAUCUUACAUA